AUGGCCGCCUUUUCCCUCCAGACCUCCUCCUCCUCCUCCAGCAUUGCUCGUCUCGGUUCCCAAACCCGAUUUUCCGGAGCCUAUUUGGGUCCAGACCCGAAAUCCAUAGGUUUCCCUUCUCACCCUCGCUCUAGUCUCGUGCUUCCUCUCAAGCUCGCCAACAGUAAGAGCAGAUCAAGAGCAAUGGUGAUGGCAGUUGCAGUGAGUGGCAAUGACCAAACCCAAAUAACGGAAGUCGACAUCUCUCUGAGCCCAAGAGUCAACUCCCUCAAGCCUUCAAAGACAGUCGCCAUUACUGACCAGGCCACGGCUCUCGUGCAAGCCGGUGUACCCGUAAUCCGAUUAGCGGCUGGUGAACCCGAUUUCGAUACCCCUUCUGUCAUUGCUGAGGCUGGGAUCAAUGCAAUUCGUGAAGGUCACACAAGGUACACGCCAAAUGCAGGGACUUUGGAACUUCGCGAAGCAAUUUGUUAUAAGCUCAAAGAGGAGAAUGGGAUCUCUUACACACCUGAUCAGAUCGUAGUUUGCAAUGGAGCCAAGCAGAGUAUUGUUCAAGCAGUGCUUGCAGUUUGUUCCCCAGGAGAUGAGGUUAUAAUUCCAGCGCCAUUUUGGGUGAGUUACCCGGAAAUGGCAAGGUUAGCCGAUGCAACGCCUGUGAUUCUUCCCACGAGCAUCUCCGACAAUUUUCUCUUGGAUCCAAAACUUCUGGAAUCCAAACUCACUGAAAAGUCAAGACUUCUGAUUCUGUGUUCUCCAUCCAACCCAACAGGAUCUGUAUACCCCAAGAAAUUGCUUCAGGAGAUUGCUCAAAUUGUAGCAAGGCAUCCCAGGCUUCUGGUUAUUUCUGAUGAAAUAUAUGAACACAUAAUUUACAGACCAGCAACUCACACAAGCUUCGCAUCUUUGCCAGGCAUGUGGGAGAGGACUCUGACAGUCAAUGGCUUUUCGAAGGCUUUUGCAAUGACUGGUUGGCGACUUGGAUAUCUUGCCGGCCCUAGACACUUUGUUGCAGCCUGUGGAAAGAUCCAGAGUCAGUUCACCUCAGGUGCCAGUAGUAUAUCACAGAAAGCAGGAGUAGCUGCCCUGGGUCUUGGCUAUGCUGGUGGAGAGGCAGUUUCUAUUAUGGUGAAAGCAUUCAGGGAGCGACGAGAUUUCUUGGUCAAAAGCUUUGGUGAACUUUCUGGUGUUAAGAUUUCAGAACCCAAGGGAGCUUUCUAUCUCUUCAUUGAUGUCAGCUCUUACUAUGGAACAGAGGCUGAAGGAUUUGGUAAAAUUGAGAAUUCGGAGUCCCUAUGCCGUUACCUACUUGACAAUGGUCAGGUUGCACUAGUUCCAGGGGAUGCAUUUGGAGAUGAUACCUGCAUAAGAAUAUCCUAUGCAGCAUCCCUCACAACCCUGCAGGCAGCUGUGGAGAGAAUUAAGAAAGCACUCAUCGCACUAAAGGGACAGUCUAAAAUAAUUUUUCCGGCGCUGUAUUCAACUGUUAUGCAAUCAAAGGCGUUAAAAUGUUCAGAAAAUUAA